CAGGAAACGGAAACAAACCUCUGAAAGCUGAAACAACAUAAACAAAACAGCAUGGAUGAUGAACCAAUGCCCAUGGAAGCCUCAUCGGCUAAAACUAAAAAGAAAGGCAAAAAGAAAAACAAAAAUAAAAACAAAGCGCUGCAACCACCCAAACCUUCCGUAUAUAUUCCUGGACAUGGGCAAAUCGACGAGGAUGAAGAAUUGGUAGUGGAUGAAUCAGCCUAUGUUAUGUUACAUCAAGCAACAACAGGUGAUCCAUGUCUGAGCUUUGAAGUUUUAAGAGAUGGGCUUGGUGACAACCGAGACAAAUUCCCACUGACUUCAUACCUCUUAGGUGGAACCCAAUCAGAAGCUGGACACUUUAACUACAUAAUGUUGAUGAAAAUGUCUAAUUUGCACAAAACCCAGAAAGAACAGAAAGACGAUGAAGAGGAAAGUGAAGAGGAGGAUGAGGAUGAAGACGAUGAUGAUGAGGAGGAAGGAACAUCUGCUACCAGUAAAAAGCCCAGACUGGAUCAGUCUCUUAUAAAACAUAAUGGAUGUGUUAACCGAAUAAAGCAUACAAAAAUAAAUGAUCAUAUUGUAUGUGCCACUUGGUCGGAGCUUGGAGUAGUUUACAUUUAUGAUGUGACAUCACACCUGAACAUUUUGGAUACACCUGACCGAAUCACAGAAUUUGAGACAGCCAAUAUCUCACUACCACCUCUGUUUGCUUUUGAUGGACAUCAGAUAGAGGGGUAUGCGUUGGGAUGGUCUAGACAUGACCCAGGGCGCCUACUGACUGGUGACUGUAACAAAAAUAUUUUCAUGUGGCAGCCAACUGAAAGUACGUGGGUAGUUGACCCCCGACCUUUUGUUGGUCAUACUGCUUCAGUAGAAGACAUAAAAUGGUCCCCCAAAGAAAAUAAUGUCUUUAUGACCUGUUCUGUGGAUAAGUCAAUCCGAGUAUGGGACGCCCGUGCUAACCCCAUCAAUGGCUGUAAACUGGUGGCCAGUGAUGCCCACCUGAGGGACGUCAAUGUCAUUGACUGGUCAGAAUUUGAACCUCUUGUUAUCUCUGGAGGAGAUGACGGUCUUAUAAAAAUUUGGGAUCUCCGCAGGUUUUCAAGUGGUAAAGAAGCAGCUGUAUUUGAGCACCAUAAAGGCUCCAUCACAUCAGUGGAGUGGAACCCACAUGACAGCUCAGUUUUUGCAGUUUCUGGCUCCGACGAUCAAGUCACAAUUUGGGAUGUUGCUGUGGAGCGUGACGAGGGCGCUGAAGACCAAGAAGAACCCGAUGUCCCGCCCCAGCUGUUGUUCAUGCAUUUAGGUCAGAAAGAUAUUAAGGAAGUCCACUGGCACCCUCAGAUACCAGGGUUGAUGUUUUCUACGGCUCAGUGUGGGUUUAAUGUUUUUAGAACGAUUAGUGUGUGAGUUCCAGUGAAAUUAAAUAUGACAUGUACAUACAAAAGUUAUAUCGUUUGUGGUUAUUUUG